CCUUUCAUCAAUGAAAACCACAGUUUUUACCAAAGAAAACUGUUCCAGUUAUGCAGAGACGAAGAAGAGGAACGGAUGUUAAAUUAAGAUGUUGAUCACCUGACAGGAUUCCUGCCAUAAUCCGGCCGAUCCUUAGCUGCUCAUCCCUGGGUCUUCUGAUUGGCCGUGCAUUCCUGCAGACCCUGGUCCUUGCAUUUGAUUGGCCGGCCAUCUGAAGAGUCCAGGACCCUCGGCCGUGAUUGGCCGCCAUGCUGCCCGUCACAGAGGGGUUUCUGAUGAGCAACCAGAGCUCAGCGGACUGCGAGCCGGCGUAUGAGGAGGGCCGGCUGCCGCUGCUGGUUCUGUACGUCGUGGUUCUGGUCGUCGGUCUCCCGGCCAACGCGCUGACGCUCUUCCUCACCUGGCAGCAGGUGCGCAGGAAAAACGUGCUGGCCGUGUACCUGUGGAGCCUGUCGCUGUGCGACCUGACCUACCUGUCCACGCUGCCGCUCUGGGCGGACUACGUCAACAGCGGCCACAACUGGCGCUGGAGCUCCGCCGCCUGCAAGCUGACGGGCUACGUCUUCUUCAGCAACAUGUACAUCAGCAUCUUCCUGCUCUGCUGCAUCUCCUGCGACCGCUUCUGGGCGGUGGCCUACAGCCUGGAGUCGCGCGGCCAGCGGCGGCAGCGCCACGCCGCCGUCGUCACGGCGGCGGUCGUCCUGGUGGUGGCCGGCGGUCACGUCGCCGUCUUCGCCAUGAAGGAGGGCAACGCCGAGCGCCUGGGCCGCUGCUUCGAGCCGAGCCAGAGCAGCGUCACGGUGAUGGGCUUCAACUACGCCCGCUUCGUGGUCGGCUUCCUGCUGCCGCUGCUGCUGCUGGCGGCGACCAACCGCCGCGUCCUGGCCAGCGUGCGGCGCAGCUCGGGGCUGCAGGACGAGCAGAAGCGGCGCGUGCACCGGCUGGCCGUGGCGGUGGUGCUGCUCUUCCUGGUCUGCUUCGGGCCCUACCAUCUGAUCCUGCUGGUGCGGGCCGUCGUCACCCAGUUCCCCCGGCUGGCCGACGCCCCCUGCCUGUUUGAGCGGACCAUGUACACCCCCUACACCAUCUCCCUGGGCCUGUCCACCAUCAACAGCGCCGUCAACCCAAUCCUCUACGUCCUGUCCAGCAGCAACAUCCGCAGGGAGUGCUUCCGCGGACUCACGCAGGUCUGCGCGCUGCCGUGCCAGGAGCCGCCGUCCAGCAGCGGCCCCGACAAGAACUUCCAGCUGAACGCGGGAACCGAGACGGAGCGACCGGCCGGCGGGACAACGGAGAUCCUGAGCGGCUAAACGCUCCAGAGCUGCUGCUCCCAGCCUCGUCCUCUAGGACAGGACCCAGGACGGACGUUUCUACCUGAGUGAAGGAAGGCGAGCGAGUCCUUGUCUCCUGACGCCACUGCAGACAUGUGAGCUCUGGAGACAUGAGAACUGCACACCAGCUCUACUGUCCGCUGAUGGCCAAUGUUGGCGUAUUUAUUGUGCAGGAUGAUGAAUGUCCAGGAUAUGACCGUCUUUGUUUUG